AUGAAAAUUUUGAAAACCUUUUUUAAAAGAUUACACUUGAGGAAUAAAAAAAAUGUUAUAUCACCUUAUAGGAUAUUAGAAAGGAAAGAAAAAUUAGAUAUUCCAUAUGCGUGUUUAUCCUUAUCUGCUAUAAUGUUUGGAUUAUCUUUUGCUUUUGUACCCUUAUAUCAAUUAUUUUGUCAAUCCACAGGUUAUGGUGGUACAAUACAAAAGCGAUUGGAUAUAGGUAAAAUAUUUAAUAGGAAAAAGGAUGAAAAGAAUAGAUUAAUUGAAAUAAAUUUUACUAGUCAAUCUAAUAUGCCAUGGGUAUUUGAACCUGAACAAAAAUAUAUUAUAGUAAAGCCAGGAGAAACAGUAUUAGCUUUUUAUAAGGCAAAAAAUUUAAUGGAUAAGCCUAUUAUUGGAAUUGCUUUAUAUCAUGUAUUACCAGAAGAAGCUGGACUAUAUUUUAAUAAAAUUCAAUGUUUUUGUUUUGAAGAACAAAUGUUAAAUGCUAAAGAAGAAAUGGAUUUACCUAUACUCUUUUUUAUCGAUCCAGAAAUAUUAAAUGAUUCAAGAUUAAAAAAUUUAGAAAAAAUUACACUAUCAUAUAUUUUUUUUGAAUCCGAUUCAGAAAUACCUGAAGAAUACCAAAACCUCUCAAGGGCUAUUUCCCCAUACAAAAAAACAGAAAUUCAGGUAAUUUAA